GGGGCAUACGCUAGCAAUCUCCACAUUGUGUUGAGCUUCACACAGUUGCCUCAGCCUCCCGCCACCUCAGUGAAGGAGAAGCCAGACCCUCUAAACAACAUGGACUUCAGUGGAACGUGGCAGGUCUAUGCUCAGGAGAACUACGAGGAGUUCCUCAGGGCUCUGGAGCUCCCAGAAGAUGUCAUCAAAAUGGCCAAGGACAUCAAGCAAAUCACUGAGAUCAAGCAGAGUGGCAAUGACUUUGUCAUCACCUCCAAGACUCCCGGAAAGUCCGUGACCAACUCGUUUACCAUCGGCAAGGAGGCUGAUAUCACCGCCAUGGACGGCAAGAAGAUCAAGUGCACUGUCAAUAUUGAGGGCGGCAAACUGGUCGGCAAAACUGACAAGCUCCGCCACGUCCAAGAGCUCAAAGGAGGAGAGAUGGUUGAGACUUUGACCACUGGGUCGACAACUCUCGUCAGAAAGAGCAAACGCAUAUAAACUUGGCAGCGAAGAAACCAGUGUCUAUUUAAAUAAAAGUGUUGAUUAAAAAGA